CUUAACACUUCAGACUUAAAGAGAAAAUAACGCACCAUUGUGUUGAGCCCAUUCUGCUCAUCGUCAUUCAAAAAAGCUAAUAAAUAAAUAAACACAAGAAGGCAUUAAUGUUACUAAAGCUAGCAAAAGGUGCAUUCGACGGCAAUAAUUUGCGUAAUUAUGGGGUACGAGCAGCAAUCAAAACGAAAGCUCGGCAAGGAACACGGCAGCUUCUAAUCGAAUGUAAACGAUCCGAGUUUAACCUUUAUGACAAUUCGCCAGGAGACGCUCAUUUCAAAUUUGGUACUGUGCCACUGGCAUCUAGUGGCUGGCUUCAUAAGAAAUCUAAAGAUGACUGGUUUCAUAUUAAGGCUACGGUAGAUGAAAAAAGCGAACAUCAUGAAAUGCAGAACGUGGAAGAGUUCUUUAGAAAUACGGAGGUCGCAAUUCAUAAACCAUUAAUAGAUAACUUGCAAGUAGAGCUGGAAAUUAAGCAGUUAACGGAAAUUCAACGUCAAGCGUGGCAUAAACUUUACGAUAACAACCAUGUUUUAAUAGCAGCUGAGACAGGAUGCGGGAAGACCUUGACGUAUUUGUUGCCUAUAUUGCAGAAAAUAGUGGAAAGAAAGCAAUGUGAAGCCGGUGAACGGAAAUUAAAUUCUCCGUUAGCGUUGAUAAUAUCUCCAGGCAGGGAGUUGACAGAACAAAUAGGCUCAGUGACGCAUCGUUUAUGUAAAACUCUGAAUAUAAAUGUGAAGACGCUUCUAGGUGGCAAUACUAAGCAGUUGUUGAUAAACCCAGAAUUUGGAGAAGUAGAUGUAUUAGUGGCAUCUGUAGGAGCUCUCAGCAAAUUAGUAACUACCGGUAUCUACCGCACGAAGCACGUCAGACACGUGGUUUUAGACGAGGCUGACACGUUGCUGGACGAUAGUUUUUCAAACAAAUUGGGGCAUCUUCUUAAAAAAUUUCCGUUUCACAGAAAUCGUACAAAUAACGACUUGGUGGUAGGGACGCAGCUAGUUUUUGCGUCGGCUACCAUGCCUACAAAUAUUCACGAGCAGCUGCAUCAAGUUAUCGACAUCGAAACCAUACAUAAAGUAGUUAGCUCCAAUUUACACAAACUCAUGCCUCAUGUGGAACAAAGAUUCCUACGUAUCAACAAAUCAGACAGACUUGGUCAUCUCCUAGCGAUUGUAAAGAAAGAAUUAGCGCACCGUAGACCGGUGAUUAUCUUCAGUAAUAAAACACCCACGUGUGAUUAUGUAGAUAUAUUUCUUAACAAUAGUGGCGUAAACUGCCUUAAUCUUAACGGUGAUAUGUUGCGAAAAAUACGUGCAGGUCGUUUCGAGCAAUUCCAAAAUGGGGUAUGUGAUGUGCUCUCCACCACAGAUGUAGGCAGUCGCGGUUUGGAUACCACAAGAGCGAGGCACGUCAUCAACUACGACUUCCCUUUGCAUGUCUCAGAUUAUAUUCAUCGAUGCGGACGCAUUGGUAGAGUGGGAUGCUGGGAGAAGUGUGUAGUAAGCAAUUUGGUAUCAUCAAGAAGAGAAAUUGACGUUGUUCAACGUAUAGAACGAGCUGCCCGAACGGGAGGUUUAUUAUCCGAUGUGAAUGCAAAUAUUAAGAAUAUUAUAAAUAAGAAAAUUAUGGAAGAUAUGAAGCAAGCAGGUGUACCUUUACAAGUAGAUGAAGCUUUUUAGUUUCCUUUUUUAUUCAGCAUUAUUUCAUUAAAAAAUAAACCAUUUAAAAUAUAAUCCGCCGA